AUGGAGCCUGGUCCUCCCCGGAAACGACAGAAGUUCAUCGUAGAGGAUGAUGAGGCGAGGGAGGAAGAUGCUGACGAGCAUUUGCCCACUCCUCCAGCAUCGGACUGCGAUGUGGAAAAUGCAGAGUCGCGAAUGUUGAAGCGUGCCACCAAGGUCCUUGCCACCGCCUCCGCUGCCCUGGAUCAUCUCACCCAGCUGUACGACAACGACUCCAGCAUCCGUCAGAAUUUCACCGCGGCCGUGGAUGCCGUUGUUGCUGCCCAUCAUUCCGGCCGCAAACUUAUCGUGUGUGGAGUUGGCAAGAGCGCUUUCAUCGGUAUGAAGCUCGCCGCGACGUGUCGGAGUCUGGGCAUCGGUGCAAGCUUCAUGCAUGCGUGCGAGGCCGCUCAUGGUGACCUGGGCGACGUUCGAGGCGGCGAUGUCCUGCUGUUCGUCUCAUUCAGCGGCAAGACGCCGGAACUGAUCAAUCUGUUACCACAUCUCCCCCAGUCUACCGCGGUCAUUGUUCUUUCGUCACAAACCAAAGCGGCCGACUGCCCAUUACUUGCCGGACGAGGAGACAAUGGACUACUACUGCCUGCACCCAUCCCAGAGUCGGAAGAGGCCACUUUCGGCGUAAGUGCUCCCACGACCUCAACGACGGUGGCUCUCGCCGUGGCCGAUAUGCUCGCGCUCAGCGUCGCGGAGAAGAUCCACCAGGAAAACAAGCAAAGCGUCUUCAAGCGGAAUCACCCCGGCGGUGCUAUCGGAAUGGAUCAUCGAGAAGUCAAGAAGCUGAAGAAAGAUGGGAUGAAGGUGUCCAUUCUGGAGUUGCCGAGUCCAAGCAUAUCUGCCGAGGACUCGUGCUGA